AUGAAAGAACCCGCAUCUCAAGCCUCCUCGCCGACACAACAUGCUUUUCAUGAAGCAAAGUCACUACAGUCACCGCUAGAGGAGACCAAAACUCCGACAGGAGUUAGCUCUUUGCCAGCAAAACCAUCCCAGUCUGAACUAUCCUAUUCGGCGCAAAUCGCACAACAAUUCUCUGCAUACAAGCAGACUCCUGCACAGGAACGACAGAGCAGAUCUUCGACGUCGCAGCCGUCGGGCGGAAACGACUCGUCGAACAAUUCCCUUCAAGAUGCCUCUGGUAGGCGGGCUGUGAGGCCGUCAGAGAUGAAAGACGAAGGCAAACUGUUCGUCGGUGGCCUGAGUUGGGAUACAACUGAUGAGGGUCUGAGAAAAUACUUCUCAGAGUUCGGCGACGUUGAAGACUGCACCAUUCUACGUGACCAGGAUGGACGCUCGCGAGGGUUCGCCUUCCUUACCUUCAAAGAACCGAGCUCCGUGAAUACCGUGAUGACACGAGAACACAUUCUCGACGGGAAAUCGAUUGACCCAAAGCGAGCCAUUCCUCGAGAGGAGCAUCUCCGUAACACACGCUACUUUGUCGGUGGCUUAUCGCAUGUCACGGCGUCCGACUCAAUGCGAGCAUUCUUCUCGUCAUUCGGCAAGGUCGUCGAUUGCACUGUCAUGGUCGACCGAGAGACCGGUCGGUCAAAGGGCUUCGGUUUCGUCACAUUCGAGGAUGCGAGCAACACCGACCAGCUCGUCGGUCGAAGCGACUUGAUACUCGACGACAAAGCGAUCGAGGUAAAGGUUGCACAACCGCGCAAUCAACGCGACCAAUCUCGCAUGGGCCGAACGACACGCGAGUCGACAUACGAGGCCGGAGCAAACAGCAUGGGUUUCCAGGCGGCGCAGCGGCCAGCCGUGAACCCCCAGCAGAUGUCCAUGCUGAUGAUGGGGCAGCUCCCCAUGAUGGGCGGCACCAUGCCCAUGGGCAUGAAUCCGAUGGGCGCAGGCAUGGGCAUGGGCAUGGGCAUGGCAACACGAAUGGGGGGCUUCGGCGGGAUGAGCGGCGGCGGCGGGAUGGGCUCACCAAUGGGGGCCGGCAUGGGCGGCGGUAUGAACGCUUCCCGGGGCAUGGGCAUGGCGAACAUGGGCAGCAACAUGGGCGGCGGCAACUUGCGGAUGGGCAUGGGCCCCAUGGGGAUGAACACGCAGAACAUGGGCAUGAUGCGAAACUUUAUGAACAAUGGGGGUCCGAUGAUGAGGCAGGGCAUGGGGAUGAUGGGCGGCAUGGGCGGGGGCAUGAGCCCUAUGGCACGGGGGAGGGGAAGUCCGAUGAUGAAUGCGGGCGUGGGCCCGACAAGGAACGCCGUGCGGGGACAACAUGGGUACCAUCCCUAUGCUCGGUAG